AUGACAAACCCACAAUCUGAAAAUGGAGUAAUCGAAAUACUGAAAAAGCUCGAGGAAAACGACUUGUUAGCACUGUCGCGUACGGUAACUCAGGGUUUGCUCAAAAUCAGAUCAACUGAUGAGGCUAUAGCAGGAAUACUCAAAUAUUCGCCAGACGGAUUGAGUAUCCUAAGGAGGAAGGCGGUCACCAGGGAAAUCCUCUUUUCAUAUUUAGAUGAAAAAAACGUGAAGCUCAAGUUACCAAUAACAAAAAACGAGCUGGUUGAUGCCACUUUGGCAUAUUGGGAUACCUCAGGUAUCCCUUACACCACUGCUAACUCUAGCCAAGUUAUGUGUACUCAGACUCAGGAUUCUAAUGGAGUGGUCAAAAGUAACUCACCAUCAGACAUUGAGGGUGUAUCAGCAUUGGCAGAGCAAUUUGUGCAAUGGUUUUACACCAUGAUGAACACUGAAGGAAUAGGCUCUGAACACUUCUAUCCAGAUGGUAAACUCAAGCUGAACAAGAUUACAGGUGGUGAGUGUGACACAAACAUUAUAGAAAACAGCCCUGAUGACAUUGCCAGAGAAUUAUUUGACAUCAAACUACAAUAUGGUUUGUUCUUCAAUCCAAAUGUUUCAAAGGAAGGUACUCAAGGUAGGAUGGACCCUCAUGGACUAGUUACAGUGAUGGCCUGUGGGACCUUGCAUGUGCAAGAUAGUUGUGUGGGGGUUUUUGAACAAGUGUUUGCUCUAGCUAGAGACCCUUAUUGUGACAAUAACUGGAAAAUAAAAAACACUGAACUGAAUUUGAGGAGCAAAAGUGGGGUCAUUGGACAACCUAGUUUAUGUGAUAGUGAACUAACAUUGGAUUUGUUAAUGUUACCUUCUAACUCAUAA